UGCCGACAUCGAUUGACUAUUGCUAACGGAUACGCUGGAUUACGCGGUAACGGCCAAAUGUGUAGCUCAAUCCGCUAGCCGUGUUUUAGGUUUACUUAUCUCUAGGUUCAAAGCCGCCGGAGGGCUUCCAUAAUUAACGUUUAUACUACUCUCCGAUACCAUGGUGUGGUCAACCAUAAGUUAUGGGGCGGCUAUAUGGGGAACACAGGAUCAUUCGUGUACUAAUGCCGUGCAGAAUCGGGCUGGACGCUUCUUUUGGGGUGUUGCUGCAGUGGCUGGUGAGAUGGCCUGGGAGCCAACAACAGUAAGGCAAUGGAAGUGUGUGGUUUCCCAUUGGUAUAGGCUUAGUAAUAUGGAUAAUUCACGUAUCAAUUAUCGCGUCUUCCAGUGGUGUCGGAUAAUCUCGAACCGGAGUUUUAGGAACUGGCAUUUUAGAUUUUUAAAAACAUUAAAGGAACUUGACCUCAUCAACGUUCAUGAUGCGAUGAGGUAUUCUAAAAUCGAAGCAUGUAAUAUGAUCCAGGAAGCUAUGAUGAACAUUUAUAAAAAAAAAGUGGUUACAUCUUUUACGGAAACCAUUGGUCAACGUAGAAUGAGAAAAUAAGCUUCGAAUAUGUGUGAACUAUAUGUGAAGUUGCCUCUUACUGGAGGCCAACGUAUACGUAGCGCACUCGCUAAAUUAAGAUGUGGGGUAGCUCCACUGCGCCUCGAAACCGGAAGAUAUGAAAACCUACUCGUGAUGGACAGAACAUGUAGAUUUUGUGUAGACCAGAUAUAGAGGAUGAGGAACACACACUUACUAGAGAUGAUGACGUCAUACGGUAACUGUACAGACGAUGUUCUAUGGACCUUGGAGACAAUUGGAGGUUGCGCCUCGGGAGACACAGGGGGACUAGGGGUCGUGUUUGGAGUUGUCUGUAUCCCACUGUGGACCUUUUCACAGCUCGCUCUGUAUUUGAUAUAUUGUCAGCCGGACGGUAAAGCCAGUAAAACAGGUACAAGUCACGUGACCUGCAUCGUCGUAUUUCAUUGGGUAGCUGAUGUUCUCAGUUUGUUCGGUUGUAUUAUGACGCAUCAAUUACCCUUACAGACGUAUUACGCCCUUACAUCAGCCAGUGUUCAUUUCCUCGCCAUCGUACCGGCCAUGUUGUCGAGUAGAAGGACUCGUCGUAGCGAUAAGGAUAUGGGUGAGACAACGUUCAACUGCAAAUGUUUACGACACUGUUGUAUGACACAGUCCUCGUGUACCGCGGCCAUGUCCAUUCUCUCCGCUGUUUCCUUGGUUACUGUUACCAUGCUACAGACGCCGUGGUACAAGUCAGCCGUAAAACGACACGACACGCCUAGCAACGGAGGAAAUAUUCACUCACAGCCCCUCCGUCUGUAUGUCUUGACGGGUUAUUGUCUCGGAGCUCUCUCGGCCGGACUUACGUGGCUGACGAAAUUCAGAGAGGUCAUACAAUUUUAUCGACCGUAUUCAUACACCUACAUCCGGGUCUUCCUUCACUUUGUCGCCAUCUUGUCUGAGGGAUUUUACGUCACAGGCGUCUUAUACUACAACCAAUCACGUGUCUUCAUUCUACACUCGCUUCCCUGGACCCUAGCCAGAAUGGGAGUUGCCGGAAUCCACAUCGGAAUACUACUACAGGGAAGCAUUCACUACUGUUCUACAAAGGAUAUCGAGACCGAUGGGGGUUACCCAGCAAUAAUACACAGCACGACGUCUGAUUCCGAUGGGAGUGAGGAGGACCAUGUGAUGUUUGAGUUUCCGCCUAUGACGUUUGAUGGCAGUGCAAACAAAGAUGACAUUUCACAGACAGAUGAGGAGGGAGAUCUGGGAAAUUCGUACGCUGUCUUUCCGUCGACAAAUACUGCCAUGACCUACAGUACUGACGGCAAAAGACAGAUGUUCGAGUAUACGUACUGUGACAGCCCGGCUGACACCUCGUCAGAACAGGAUUUGGAGUGGGACUUUGAAUGUCCAGUUGUCCACAGAGAUGACCGACCUUUGACGUCAUCACUGAAGUACGCCCGGAUGACGAUGGGGUCAUUAAAAAGUAUAUCAUCCCUGGAAUCCGAUUCCGGCUAUGAGAAAGUAGUGGACUGGUUCAAGCGCUCUUAGGACUCAGAUUGUUUACUAUAUGGGAGCAAUUUUGACUGUGUUGUUGUGUCCUGAGAACAGUGUUUACAGAUAUGAAACAGCAUUCGAUUGAUGAUACGUAAAGUCAAAGGCAUUUCUUUUAACGUUCUUCAUGAACAUUGUCUUAUUUCGAACUAGUACAUUUAUACAGUUUCCAAUUCCAAUUAUAAUAACAUAUUCACGCUUCUGCAUAUUGCAUUAUCAAGUUAGUGGAGUCCAACACAGCUAGGUCCCAUUAUGUGAUUACAUUUGUACACACAAAUUAUUUAAAAGUCUUACAUAAUUUUGUUGAAAUUUGUCUAUUUAAGCCUUUCAAGUUUAUUAUCAAUAGAAACCCAAGAAAAUUUAAAAGUGAAAAUAACACCAAUAUUUACAAUUUGAAUUAUAUUGAACUGGUGCAAAAUAAAAACAAAGAACAAUUUUUAAUGCAUAUUCUUAAAAAUGUACCAGGAGAAUAAGACCAUGUGUUUCGGAAUUGCCUCGCGUCUUCUCCCUAAAUGUAAAUUGCAACUGGUUCACCCGUUGUCAGCAUAAUGUGACCGGGCGGAAUUAAUGCUGUACUGUGUGCUUUCGGCAUGGUGUUUCAGUGACAUAGCGCUAUAAAGUUGGCAUCAGAUCCGCGCUAUCACAAGGACGCAAGC